GCGAGUAAGUGAUUUAGUGAUAUUGCUAAGUAGUCGUCGUAAGUGUAGCUAUCUUUGAUAGACUUCGAUGAACUAUAAAUUAAACAAAACGGCGACAGAAUGCCGAAGUAACGCUGCCAAUGGAAAAUGGCGAAAAUCGUGAAAGGAUCCGAAACAUUGCCUACGAUUCUAAUUUGUGAAUAUUGCACUAACCUUACGUUCAAGCAAAUAGAAGAUUUUGUAAGACAUUUAAGAGAUCAACAUUGUUCUAGAGAAGGUGGAUCAUUCGUGUGCCUUUACGGUUAUAAUGGAGUAUGCACCAGUCUUCCCGUGGAGGGUGUUUCUGAUAAAGAUUAUGUAGCACACGCUACCAAACACGCAGCAAUGCAGCAACAACGUAAAAGCAAUGGUCAGUUGUCGGAGCCCUCUUCGUCAUGGACCAUGUAUUCCGCAGCACAAAACUUACCAGCAGUUUUAAAUGACCCGUUUAAGGGGAAACAAAGUAACUUCUUAACCCGUACUUGGGGCGACGGAUUUAUAGAGAAAGUCGAUAUCCCUAAGAGCCCGUACCUUCCUGAAGUUACAAUGCAGCAUUUUGAAUCAUAUUUAAAGAAGAUUGCAAGGAGAUAUCGAAAACAUUCUCGUAUGAAUUCAAAUGCCAAUAGACCGACCACGCCUAAUGAAUUGUUACAGAACUUUCCAAAUUUAAGAAAAGUUAAGUCUUUAGAUCGAAUGCAAUAUGAUUUGGCCAAUGUACCAAAAGUGUUUUUAACGCCCAAUUUAGAUCUUUCGCAAAAAGAUAACUUUUACGCUGUAUUUCCGUUUGUAAAAGGUGGUUUGUUAAAUGAGGAAUCUAACAUUGUUAUUUAUGUCAAGCAAAUGCAAGAAAAGCUAAGUCAUUAUUUAGAUGUCGUGGAAGUUAGAAUAGCAGAACAAGUUGCUUCAAAGUCUCAAGCAUUUUUUCAUGCUAUGACUUCCCAUGAUGCCCUGAUGGAGCAACUUACGCAAACUAUUACAGUGCUAAAAGCGCUUAGGAAAAAUAUACAUCAAGUUGAUAAACACCUAGUCAAUGAUUCUUUAGAAAUUUUACGAUUGGAACAAGCAAGGUCUAAUCGGUUAUUAGUUCAGGAAAAAUUAAAGCUUAUGGCUACGGUACAUCAAAGUCAACCAAUGAUACAAUUAUUGUUAUCGACGCCAGAUUAUGUUGCAGCAUUGGAUCUCAUUGCUACAACGCAAGAAAUACUGUUACAGGAAUUGAACGGGGUGCAUAGUUUUAGACAUCUGAGCUCUCAAUUAACGGAAAUGGAGAAACUUGUAGACAAAAUGUUGUCUACCGAGUUCCAAAGAUACGCGACCGCAGAUUUAAACAGACCGUUAGGAGGGGAAAACAAUGUUCUGGAUGGUGACAAACUUGUUUCCAUCAUUUCUGGUCUUUUGCGGCAAAAACAUUUUCAAUUCGUGGAUACUUACAAAGAAGAAGCUGUAACAACCGUCCGCGCCGUGACGAAACAAAGAAUCAUAGAAGCUUUAGCAGCGAGCGAUUGUUGUAGCGAUCAACAAGCAGCAGCCCUCGAAGUUUGCGGACUCUCGCUCGCAGAGAGAUUAACGUUACUCCAUAAUACCAUACAAUCGUUGACGUUUCUUCUGAUGCGAGUAAAAGCUGUUCACGAUGUUAUGCGAGACACCGUGGAUCUUGCAGCUGGUCGCGUGAGCGACGGUACGUUCGACGAUACGAUACCCGAUCGUUUAUUAACUCGAGCAGAACAUUCGCGAGUGACGACUAAACUUAACGAUAUGAUAACAUCCAUUUGCGAUUAUUGUCACGAGCGAAUGGGAAAUCUGCUCUCCGCUGGCGCGAACGAUAAAGAUAAAUUACAAAACGAAAAAGAAAAGGCAAAUAGUGAAAACGCGAAUAAUAAACAGGAGGAGAAAGACAGUCAGAAUUGGAACGAUAAAUUGUCUUGGUUGAGCAAAAGGGCAACGACGGCUCAAGUGUGCCAACUGGCGAAUUUGGUCGAAGGAUUCACAGAAACGUGCGAGAAACUCUGUGGCAAACAAUGUACAGCAUUGAGAUCCGCGUUCAAGGCACAAGCCAGUAAAUUCAUUCAAAGAUUUCACGCCGAAUUUAAAACGAAGCUCACGCUUUUGUUGGAAUCUGAAAGAUGGAAACAGGCUGACGUACCGCCGGAAUUUCAGUCAUUAGUAACGUACGUGUGCGAAAAUAAGAGUUUCCCGCCGAAUCUGCUUAAGGUUGAAGAUAGAGUAAAAGAAGAUGAUAUUCAGAGCUUUAUUAUGGUUGGAGAUGAAAAAUACGCGGUCGUUGGUACAGCUUUAAUGCUCAUACAAAUGAUUCAUGAAUAUUGCAGAACCGGUAGCGAGUUGAUCGCCCUGUCUGGAACCAUUGGAAGACAUUUAGCCGAAUUAUUGCGACAUUAUAAUUGUCGUUGUUGUCAACUUGUACUUGGCGCAGGCGCGAUGCAAGUUGCUGGUUUAAAAACCAUUACCAGUACGAUACUCGUAUUAGCUGCGCGUAGUUUGAAAUUAAUUUUAUGGCUUAUGCCGUUCGUAAAGACGCACUUUCAAACGCUUGCUGAGCAAAAUCCUAGCCGUGGAUUUGGUACAUCUAGUAUAAGCGGCGGUGUCGCGUUAUUGGAUAGCGUCGAAAGGGACAUUCGGGCGCACGUAAAAGAAAUUGAAGGGAAAAUUCUUACUAUCGUUGACAAUUUGCUUGGCGGUCAAAUAUCAAACUGGGCUGCGAGACCGCCAGUACCGUCGAAAUCGUUUAGAAACAUUUCUAGCUAUUUAAUUAAGCUGCACGAAGCAGUUUCUGGAAUUCUCCCUGCAGUCGAAGUACAAAUAUUAUAUCGUACAGUAAAUACAUCUUUCAAAGAAAAACUUAGAGAACAAUUAGUCAAAAUGAAUAUAGUGAAUAAUGGUGGUCCACAACAUGGUGUCGUUACGUCUGAACUUACGUUUUAUCUCGAAGCAUUACGAAAAUUAAAAGUAUUACCAACUAAUGAAUUAGAUGAUAGUUGGAUGAGUGAUAUAUGGACCAGAUAACAUGCAGAGCGUGUGAUAUAUUGCAUAAUUGAAGCGAUGAAGUAUUACAGAAAGAGGUGACUAAUCUUUAUUAUCGUCUUCCCUCGCACGCAUUGUGUAUUGGUAACUAUUAACAUUUCGAUGGAUUUUUAAAGAUGUGGCUUCUAUCAGAAUAUCCAUAUAAGUAUUUAUAUUAUCCAUGAGGUUGUAUGGAAUGCAAAGUCGAUUUAAUAAUAGUAACGUAAUAAUAAAUUUUGAAAUAGCAUUUUUAUAAAAUGCUCUCAUGCGAUAUUCUGAAAAUAUGUGUAAAUAAAAAAAAAAAACAGUUUUAUUUAAACUUAAUUACAUUUUUACAAAUUAUAAGUUAAUUCGAUUAUUAAAUUUGAUUAUACAUAUUUUAUGUCUCCCAAAUAAUCUUAUAUGCCAUAGUGUUCAAAUGCAAAAUUUCAUAUAUCAAGUGCGAACAAUUAUGCAUAAAUCUGUAUACAUCACCGAAAGUUAUUUUCUUUUAUUCUUAUAAUAUCACUGGGCAUGUGAGAUAUUGCUUACUAUGUCUUGCGAAAUAUUACUAAUCGAUUGAAUUUAGGUUAACCUAUGCAAAACUAGGCAUACAGUAGAAGGACCAAGACUUAGGUACUAAAUUAUGUUUCUUCGUAUAAGUAUCCGUGUAUUUUAAGCGUAUCGUCUACUUUCUAAAAUUACAAUCUUUUUUGAAACAAUCAAAAAUCGAAAAUCAUAAAUGUUCACACUCGGUCUAACGAAUACAUGGUAAAGAUCUAAACAUGUAUAAGACAUUAAAAGUGUGAUACGACUGGUUUUACUGUUGUGUUCAUGCUUGGAUUAGACUGAUUAUGAAAAAUGUAAUCUCAGAAUAAAUCUAAAAACGAUCGUUCGAAAAGUUUUAUAUAUAUCGUCUAUUGCUUGCGCUAAUCUGUUUUUAUUAACAGAUAUUAGACUAAUUUUAUCAAUAGUAAAAAUAACUUCCUAUUCAACAUGGUUCACUAGAGUACGUUAAUAAGGAAGUUUUUAUCGAACGCCCUGUUUUUUGUGCAUUUUUACGCAUAUACAUAUGUACAAAACAAUAGACUAUCACAAGAUACUGUCCGAUAUACAACUCGCCAGAAAGGUAUAAAAGACAUAGCAACCUCAGCGGUAAUCGAUUGCGUGACGCCACAAAUGUCUCUUUCUAUUUAAAAAGGAAAAAUUACAAAUUCCAGUGAUGAUAUAGUCGAUUGUAAAUAUUUCUUUCACCCUUGUGACCAAAGAUAAAGUGAUCGGUUGUUACGAUUUUACAUCACACUGCAAUAUGGCGCACCUGACUGCAUAAUAACCUUUGAAAUUGCGUUCACUCGUACGAUAUUUAUAAUUUAAUAUAAACUGCUAAUUAUACAAUGCAUUCCAUUAUCGAUUUCGUGUAGUCCAAUUUGUAUAGAAACGAAGACUUUACAGUAAUCGGUUGUAUUCAUAAACAAUUUGUUAAUAAAAGGUACUGUGUGUUGUGGUCCAGCAGAGACACAUUACUGCGUUUGAAACUUUAUCAAUUUUUACGCGCUACUUAAAAUUACGUAAAAAUGUACGCGAUUGAUUAUUACAAACAGCGGUCUUUUGAAUUUCUUUGCCAAGACUGAAAACGUCUUACUGAAUCAUUACGCCCUCGGCGUUCAUUUAGGAAUAUAGGAGUAUAAUGAUUUAGAUGUA